AUGGGCAAUGGAGCAAGUAAGGCUUUUGAAGAGGCAAAACGUAAAAUGGAGCUCGAAUAUGAAGCUCGUAAGCGGGAUACUGAACUCCGUGGUCAGGAAUUGAAGAUUAAUUAUGAAUUACAAAUUAGGAAAGCCGAUAUGGAACAUCAACACAAGAUUGCUGAAUUGAUGGCACAAAUGAAACAAACAAAAUUGCAAGCUGGGAAAGAACUUCUGCUCUCCUAUAUGGAAACAAUGAAUUUAAUCAUCCAACAGAAUGGCACCACCUUUCAGACCGCCCUCCCACUUUUACAACAACUCAGUAAUGACAAAUUAUCCGAUUCAAUGAAGCAAGCUACUGAAAGGGCUAUUCAAAAAAUUUAUGAUAGUUAUAUGACUACUGAACAACUUUUGGAUUAUUCAAAAAAGCAAAUUUGUGAACUUCAGCUUAAACAAGACCAUGAAUUUGCACGAUUGCUAGAUUUCGCAGUUGAAAAGAAAGUAUUAUCGGCAAAAAAUAAAGUAUAUCUUCUAGAAGAGUGA